AAUGAAUCAUUUGACGCAUAUCAGGGCCUAUCUGUUUACAAUAAGUGACACGUAAUUCAGAAAAUAAUCGACCGGUAUCUAGGUGUUUCUAUGUACUGUGUUCUUAAAUGUUUUGUAGGGUAAAGUGUGUGUGAAACAUCAACAAGAAUGGAGGAAAGGGACGUACGUGAAAAGUCAGAAGGAAAUACAAACAAUUAUAAGAAAUUAAAAUGUACUCUAACGACAUUGGUUGCCAUAGCAAUCGUCAACAUAAGUGUCUUACUUCCAUUGGUCGUGCACUGGCGCCUGUUAAGACAGCACAAGGUCGAAUCAGAAUGGUGCUCUACCUUAGACAUAACAAGUCAAGGGAACCCAGACCUUUUAGGCCAGUUUAUAGUUGAGACUGACAAAACUACUGAUCGUAACAAAACAUGUGGCAAACUGAGUACCAUGUUGCAGGCAGUUGUUAAUCUGACUAUACAUGACAGCUACGACAGUGACGCUUGUCCAGAGCCGGAGAUGCUUACUUUCGGUAUCAAAGCAUUCAACUGCACAGCUUCAAGGAAAGUUGAAUCUACUUGUUAUCUCGAUAACGUAUCCUCACAUGCUAAACCAGUACCUGGGAAAACUACCAAAUUAUACUGGCAACCUACUACAGGUAUGUUUACACAUCAUUUGAAAUACGUGCAGGAAGAAGGAGCAAUCUACAUUAAGCAAUCUGGCUAUUACUUUGUGGCUUCUUUGUUGACAGUAAGAGCUAACAACAUGACAUCGACUGAUACCGUCACAGGGUUCGAGGAUAAAAUGAGUCACUUUGUUAACGUAAUACACCACAAAGAUGGGCCUGAACGAGUUCUUCUUGAACACGUCAAAUUCAUGUGUGAAUUAUCCUUCGGUCAUGCAGAAUGGUCAAGUAACAUAGGAGCACCUUUUUACUUAAAUGAGCAGGAGAGAAUCUACGUGGCCACAUCACAUCCGUAUAAUAUUGUCAGUGGUCACAGAAAUAAUUAUCUAAGCAUUCAUACCAUUUUGUAAAACUAAAAAACAAAAAUAACAAAAACAACCCACAAAAAACCAACAAAAUAACCAAACAAACAAACAAUAUAAAGACAAACAAACGAAAGUAUUCAAUUUGUUUUAGAUAUAUUAUGGUAUAGGUAAAAUUCCAUCCAUCUAGAAAUUACUGUUUUUAAUUCUAAUUCUUUGUAAUUUUGUCUUUUGACAACAUAUGUGUAAUAUGCAAGCUAAUCCACUUCAAAAUUUCAUUUUAUUUAGUUUCUCUAAUCGUUUUCUCGUUCAGGGCACACGGAUUUUGUUUUUGUGUAGCAAAUGCCGCCCUUCAGGGAAUGACACUAGCAUGACACAUUGAAAGUUCCAUGAUAACCGCAAUAUGGACACAUCUGCGUAUGUUUCAAAAUCAGAAUUUUACCAGUUCAUUUUAGAUGUUGAAUUCUGCUGAUGCCGAGGCUAGGGGGCGUGAACGAUAGCUUGUAGUUACCACUUCCGUCCAUGUACUACAUACACGAGCCUGCAACAUUUUCAAUUUUGCUGUGUUUUGCUUUCUUUAUGAAUUAUGUUAUUCACUAUUUCGUUACCAUUUUGUUGGGUCUUUUUAUGUUUAACUUGUACAUGCUCAAUCAUUAUUAUUGUAUUAAAUGUUACUCAGGAUACACUCACUAUUAAUUGGAUAUGUUCAACACAUACAACAGCUUCUUAUUUGUAUAGUAUCACAGCAUCUGUGUAGCAAUGUCAAGCAAAUAAUUGGAUGCAUGUAAAAACUGUGAUGUUAUAAAUAUAUUUACCAAAUCAAAAAUAAAUUUCCAUAGACAUUUCUAAGACAUGUCUCAUUUAAAAAAUUUCUAUUUAUAAUUGAACAUACUACCUUGACGGUUAAUUAUUUAGACACAUAUCCUAUG